AUGGACAGGGGUGUAGAGACAUCAAAGGGUGGUUGUAGUGAUUCAGGGUAUCUGGUUGGUUGUGAAAGGUCGAGUCACAGGGCACCGGCAACAGAGAGUGGGCAUAUGUCGGUCGAACAUAUGGUUAGUCAAAGUAGUGAUGAUAAUGGUGUUGACAUGAUUGCACCGAGGAAAGAAGAUGUUAUAGGGAAAAAGUUUAAAACGAUAGAAUUAGCGGAACAAUAUUAUAUGAGUUAUGCAAAGGGCAUUGGAUUUAGCAUGAGAAAAGACAAAUUGGCAAUUACAAGAGAGAAUUGUUCUGCCCAUUUUUGGGUGGGUUAUGAGAAGAAACGUGAUGUUUACGUCGUUAGGAAUUUUGAACCACAUCACAAUCAUCAACUAGUUACUCCACUUGAAUCGCCAUAUCUCCGAUGUAACCGUGUCGUUAGAAAAUUUGAUUUAGCACAAGCAGUGGGAAUGCGAAGAGCAUUGUUUAGAACAUGUCAAACAUAUGAGUAUAUGGUGGACCAAUCUAGCGGGUAUUUAAAUGUUGGUUUUCAAAUAAAGGAUCUGUACAAUAAUUUGGAUGCAUCACGCAGGGAAAUUUUACUCGACGGUGACACAGAAGCCGCACUCCGUUACUUGAAAGCGAAAGGAGCAAUGGAUCCAGAAUUCUUUUGUAAGUUCAGUGUUGACGAGGAAAAUAGGCUUGGUAAUUUGUUUUGGAGGGACUCCACUUCACUUUUGGAUUACAUUGCCUAUGGCGACGUCCUCAUAUUCGACAGCACAUACAAAACAAAUGUUUAUGACAAGCCCCUAGUGUUGUUUGUCGGUUCGAACAACUAUCGGUCUACUGUAAUGUUUGGUUGCGCAUUAUUGCAGGACGAGACAUUUGAAACUUACAAGUGGUUAUUGGAAACAUUCAUGGCAUCCAUGAAAGAUAAGAAGCCAAUAUCAAUAUUGACGGAUGGCGAUGAGGCAAUGCGUAAAGCCAUUGAUGAUGUGUUUCCCAUGUCUAACCAUCGAUUUUGCUCAUGGCAUGUGUCAAGGAAUGCACAGAAUAACUUGAAGGAUGAUGAAUUCCUAAGAAAUUUUUAG